AUGCAGCUGCCGCCCGCGCUGCACUCCCGCCUGGCGGGGGGACCCGGGGCGGCCGAGCCGCUGCCGGUGGAGCGGGACCCCGCGGCCGGAGCCCCGCCCUUCCGCUUCGCGGCGCGCCGGGUACGCUUCCCGCGGGAGCACGAGUUCUUCGAGGAUGGGGACGUGCUGCGACACCUCUACCUUCAGGACGUGCUCACGCAGGUGACAGAGGCGCCGGAGAGGCCCAGGGUGCCUGAGUUUACCUGUCAGGUGGCAGGCUGCUGCCAGGUGUUUGACAGCCUGGAGGACUAUGAGCACCACUACCACACUCUGCACAGAAACGUCUGCUCCUUCUGCAGACGGGCCUUCCCCUCAGUACACCUGCUGGACGUCCACAUCCUGGAGUGGCAUGACUCACUGUUCCAGAUCCUGUCCGAAAGGCAGGACAUGGUGGGUGAUGCGUCCAUGUUCCUUGGGGCCAAGGGCAGUCAUCUCGGGCGGAGGAGGGGUUUGUCCGCAAGCUGUUUGCCUAGCUGGCGGGGGGGGGGGGGUCAGCACACUGCUCCCAGCUGGAGGUCAGGGGCAAGGUGUGGGGGGACUCUGUGGGUCAGGAUGGAGGUGACGCUGUUUCUGUUUCAGUAUCAGUGCCUGGUGGAAGGCUGUGCAGAGAAGUUCAAGACCAGCAAAGACAGGAAAGAUCACCUGGUGAGAUGUCACCUCUACCCUGCGGACUUCCGAUUUGAUAAGCCAAAGAAAAGCAGAGGCCCAGCCACACCCGGGGCCGCUGUACGAGCAUCCGCAGAAGCUCCGGGGGAUGACGGGGAGCAAUCAGGAGGGGAUGCCAUGGAAGUCUGCUCUGAACACGCGGCCUCCCUCCCAGAGCCUGUGGGCGAGCGGCGGACCUCCAGCCACAGAAUACCUUCUACCAUCUGUUUCGGUCAAGGUGCAUCACGAGGAUUUAAAAGCACCAAGAAAAAAAAGGGACACCAGUGACAACGUGGACGGAGAGCCACAGAACUCUGAGCCGACUCUGAGCGAGCGGUGGCCUUUCGCAGGAUGGGGCGUCAGUGUUGCACUUUCUGUCGCCUUCUGGUGCGGCCGCCCUCAGACUCAGGCCUUUGCCACCCUCCAUCUCAGCCCAGCUCCGUGUCGCCGAACAACUGUGUGACAGCAGAAGCGGUGACAGACCCACGGAUUCCCGACACACGCUCUGGUGAAUGAGAUGGCCCGCCAUGCCACCUCCCUGUGCAGGGCCGUCCCGAGGAUGUGCCAUAUAAAUACGUAGACAUUUGCC